CUUAAUAUACGUCAUCUUCAGGUCUUGCAUCUCGUUACUCUUAAUUUUCCUUUUGAAUUACUUAAGUAUAAUUUCAUCUGAUCAGUUUGGAUCUGCGACAGAAAUUCCUUUUUUAGACCAACAAAGAGGUACUAGAGAAAGGACAGCGUUUUAUAGUUGUUACAGAAGAAGGGAAAUAAUUUUUUGUUCUUAAAGUCGUACCAGAGAACCCUCAACAGAACACAUACCACGAAGCAGACGGUGCAGCCCUUGAAAUAGAGAAAAUGGAUGACCUCGAUUAUCGUGCUAUCUCACCAGUCAUCAUGAAGGAGAUGUCCAGCAGACAACGAUUUGUUCGAUUUGAGGAAAGACUAGACACGAGUGACAUGUCAUCUGACAUGAUGUUGAAAAUAGCACAUGGAAAAUAUUUGAAUGCCUGGAAAGGAGUGCCAUUCUUGAAGGAUUGUCUUAGUCUCGCAAUAGUGCAGAAGUUAUUUUGGGAAGAGAAGCCUCAGACAGUCAUCGAGCUUGGCGCAUGGAAGGGUGGAUCAGCCUUGUGGUCAGCAGAUAUGCUGAAAAUUUUAGGUGUGAAGUCACAUGUCUUUUCUAUGGACAUCGAUCUUUCUCUUCUGGAUCCAGUCGCCAAGGAAUGCCCUGAUGUAACUUUCAUUGAAGGAAAUUCGAAUGAAAUUGAAAAAUGCUUCCCUCCAGAAUUGCUUCAGACUCUCCCACAUCCUUGGUUCAUUACUGAAGACGUGCAUAUUAAUAUAGUUGAAGUACUGAAAUACUUUGACAAAUUUACGGAGCCUGGUGACUACAUCUGUGUAGAAGAUACUAAUCCAUUAGCACCAAACCAGCCUGGCCAGGGACUCAUCAAAGAGCUUGGGUAUACUCCGUUUGGACAUUCGAAACUUGAUAAGUUAAAGGAAUUUAUGAAAACUCAUUCAGAGAGAUACCUUGUUGACCAACUAUAUACAGACCUCUUUGGGUAUAAUGUUACAUGGAACUCAAACGGUUUCCUCAAACGCGUUUAGAGGUCAUUCAUCGUGUCUCUCCUGGGUUUCAAGAAAGAAUGAUAGAAAUCAUUCAAAAUAAGCUUGGUCAAUUCAUGGAAUAAAAAACUAGUUUGAAACAAAUUAGUAGUUAAUGAUUCACUUCACAGCAACAGUCGCCUGCUAUUGUAUUGGCAGCUUCUGCUUCUAAGUAUUUUGGUCGUGGAAAGAUAAACUUAUGGGCACCUUCAGAUUAAGUGGUUUGUGACUUUUUAGCUCGAGAAAAUUGCACCUUGCCUGAUUUCGUGGCUGAACAGAUCAAUAAACAGAAGUAUUAAAAUUA